GGCGCCGUUUCAUAUAUUCUGAUGAUAAGUUGAUAAUACCGAAUCUUGUUUCAAAAAUUUGUCAGUGCCUAAGUGUUAAUUUACUCGCCUGAGCUCGUUGCCGUUUCGACUUCAGCCAUCCAUCUUGGUUAGGGUUCUUUCUAUUGCAAGUUAAGAAAGUUUUGAAUGUUUGAUGCCAUAACUUUGAAUCAACUGCAGUGAUCCAUGGAUUAUAACUCAGAUCGUGGUUAUGAUGACUCUGAACAAUUACAACCGUCGGAUUAUGAAGUGGAGACCUUUGAUGACCGGAGGAACGGUGGUGCAGCCGUUGAUACUGGUGGGAUUCAGAUGAAGCAUUCCAUUGAGCAUCGUCAUUCGUCUUCAUCCAUGUCUUCUCCUGGGAAACUAUUCGUAGGUGGAGUUUCUUGGGAAACAACUGAAGAAACUUUUGCGAAUUACUUUGGAAAGUUUGGAGAAGUUGUCGACUCUGUAAUCAUGACAGAUAGAAUAACUGGAAAUCCAAGGGGAUUUGGGUUUGUCACUUUUGCUGAUUCAGCUGUUGCAGAGAAAGUUUUGGAGGAAGAGCAUGUAAUAGAUGACCGGAAGGUAGAUCUGAAAAGGACAGUUCCUAGAGGGGACAGGGAUACUGAUAUCAAAGCGGUAUCAAAGACCAGGAAAAUCUUUGUUGGUGGACUUCCACCACUGUUGGAAGAAGAUGAACUGAAAAAUUAUUUCUGUGUAUAUGGUGACAUAAUUGAGCAUCAGAUCAUGUAUGACCACCACACGGGAAGGUCAAGGGGAUUUGGUUUUGUAACCUUUCAGACUGAAGAUUCUGUUGACAGACUUUUCUCUGAUGCAAAAGUUCACGAGCUCGGUGACAAACAGGUGGACAUAAAAAGGGCCGAACCAAAGAGAACAGGGAGAGAUAACAGCUUUCGAUCCUAUGGUGCUAGUGGCAAGUAUGAUCAGGAAGAUUGUUAUGGUGGGAAAGCUAAUGAAGAUUACAAUAUGUAUUCGGGUUAUGGUGGUUAUGGCGGUUAUGGAGCCUACGCAGGGAAUCCCAUGUUUAACGCUGCUGGAUUUUAUGGUUACGGUGGUGGGUAUGGCUAUGGUUAUGGCUAUGGAGGUCAAAUGUUCAACAUGGGCUAUGGAGCUGGCGGUUAUAGCCAUAUGGGUGGUGGCUAUGGUGUUGCUGCCGCUGCUGCUUAUGGAGGUGGAAAAGUUCAUGGAAACGGAAACAGCGGCUCAAGUAGUGGCAAAGGAAAUGGGACUAAUGGUUCUGGGCCAGCUCGAUACCAUCCUUAUCAAAAGUAAGAACGUCCGGCUCUUGCAAAGACUCUUCUUUUUGUAAAAAGAUGUUUUUUUUUUUUUGUUUCUUUAUAGUUUUAAGAAACGGUUAAGUUAAGAAAUAGUUUGGGAUGCUUCACCAAUUCUUCACAUUCAACGGUUGUGAGAGUGACCUGUUUGAAAAAAAGUUUUUUUUCGACAAAGGUGUUAUUUAGGGCAAAACAUAAUGAUUUUUAUUGAAAUUCUUUCAUAAA